GUGCGUACCUUGUCUUCCUCAUCUAGAAAAGUCCACGUCAUCCAUCCCAUCGAGCUCCAAAGGCACCACUGAUAACAAACUUUCAUGGAAGCGGGAACUGCUCUCUGUGUCCCACUCAACACUCACAUUCUUGUUAUUCCAUUUCGCUCUGCCAAUUCGAAUUCGUUUUUCCAUUUCCAACCUCGAUUCACUCUUUCAUCUGCUUCUUCCUUUUCCACUUACAGUUACAGAGGCCCCAAACCAAAACGCGACUUCCUCGCCGAUUGGGUCUCCCAAAACGACGACGCCGUUCGCACCCUCCCCAUCUACGUCGGCUCCGCCUCCCUCUUCGCCGUCCUCUUCAACCGCGCCCUGUCCGGUAUCGCCCCCGUCGCCGACGCCGGCAGUUCACAGUCUAGAGCUGACCUGUUGACUUUAGGAUUGGCCGUUACCAAUAUUUUGACUGGUCUUGUUUGGCUGUCCAUAAGACCUAAAUCUAUAACUGUGGUUAAUCCUCAAGGAGUUGAAUGCAAGAGAUUGUGCAGUACCCUCCCUGAUGUUGCAAAUAGUGAGUUGCUCUGGGCAUGGGAGUCUCUAUCAGAUGUCACUUGCUGUCGUUCACUUGUUAUUGUUUAUGAGAGCAGUUGUGUACUCCAAAUUGGUUAUGCUGCAGAAUCUUCUCCUGGGGAUGGUGACGCUGUAAGUGUGGACGUGGAUAAAUUGAUGCAAGGAUCACUAUAUAAGGAUGUAAUGAAAUCUGGAGCUCAGAGUUACCUGGCUAAUCUAUCUCUUUAUCCUGGGAAAUCUGAGCUGCCAUUUCUACCUUCAAAUACUCAGGCAGUAAUUUUACAACCACUUGGAGAUAAAGGGAUUGCAAUUAUUGGGGGCGACACAAUACGAGGUUUCACUGCUUCUGAUCAGGCAUGGAUUACAUAUAUUGGAGAGAAGCUGGAUUCUACCCUUGCAAAAUAUGUGAAACAACAUCCUCUGAUUUCACAAGAUUAAGUUUCAAAGGUUUGCGAGGUAGCCUAUCGUGUUUGUUUUUACCCGAUUUUAAUGGAAAUAAAUCCUACUAGUUUCCGCCGAGAGUUCUGGCAGAGAGGUAAAUAGUUGAUCCCAUGUACACGUUAUCCAUCUCAAGGCAACGCUCAAAUUAUUAGUCUUAAUAACUUAUUUUAUACUUCAGCGUAUUUUGUUAGCAGCAUUUAGUGGUUGAUUUUGCUCUUUCAGUUCUGAUAUUUCCAUUUGUAAGUUGUAAACCCCCGCCCCUCUUCAACAGAAAAAAAAAAUCCAUUUAAUAAUGCUUUUAG